UCUGGCAACUGCGAUGCACAUGACCGCUCAGGCUUGGCUCGCUGUUUAUGUUUGUGCUGUACAGCACCUUGGAGAAUGUUACCUUCAUCUGGUUAUUUUAAAGCCAUUAAUUGUCCCUUUUACUCGUCUGGAUUAUGCGAACGACCACAUUGCCAUUACAGACAUGUUAAGCGGGAAGAACCUCCACUGUUGCCACCACCUCAGAAUGAGAAUAAGAUGCUGCAAUUGCAGUAUCUGAACGAUCGCCUGAAACGGGUGCAAGACGAGGUUUCACAGCUUAGCGGAACGUCUGCGGUGGGCUACGUUCCUACGCCGAAGCGACAGUGCGUCGCGCCUGCUGUUAAGGCGCCUGAAAAACGCUACAUUCCAGCGCAGAGUGUUCCUCAGUACAGACCAACACCACUCUCGGAACUUCGAAAGCGACAGUUACCUCCGCCACCUGUGGUCUUGCCACCGCCGGCGAAGAAAGUCCGAGAGCCCUACGAGCCAGCGUCUGUUAGUGUGUCAGUGCCUUCAGCGAAAGUUGUGGAAGAGGAGAGUGGAGUGAGCGAUGACGAACCUGAAAUUAACUUAGUGAAAGAGGAAGAAGAUGCAAUUAUUCAGAUGCGCGAUCGUCGACAAGACGCGGAGGCGCGUCUCUCAAAGGACGAGAAUGAUGAGGUUACAGAAACCACUUCGACAAACGGGCCAAAGUGUGCGGGUGACGGGGAGAAAGCUGAGAGUUCGAACAAGGGCGAAAGUGCGGAGAAGGAGGAAAUGCAGCCGGUUAAAGAAAACCCAGAGAGAGAUAAAGACAACGCUAAAGAGAACGAUACGUGUAAAGACGAGGCUUCAAAAGAUGAGGAGGUACUGAACGAGCAGUCUUCAUCGAAAAGCUCGUCGAAACACAGGUCCUCAUCAGACAAGUCUGUGCCUAAGGAUAAGUCCUCUUCAGGCAAACCUACACCUAAAGAUAAGUCUUCUACUGACAAGUCUGCGUCUAAGGGCAGCUCUUCGUCAAAGGAGAAGCCUUCUGACAAGUCUGCGUCUAAAGACAGCUCUUCGUCUAAGGAGAAGUCAUCUUCUAAAGACAAGAGGUCUUCUAAUCACAAAUCUUCAAAAGACAAGUCGUCUUCAAAAAACAAGUCUUCAUCAAAAGAUAAGUCUUCGUCGCAUGACAGUUCUGCGAAAGAAAAGACUUCUUCGAAAGACAAGUCCACUUCAAAGGAAAAAUCGUCAUCAAACGGCAAGUCCUCCUCAAAUCACAAAUCUUCAUCAAAGGACAUGAAAGGAAACAAGUCAUCUAAAUCUUCAGACAAAUCUUCCAAAAGCACAGAGAAAUCCAGGGACACUUCCUCGUCUAAGUCCUCAAGCUCAGUGAAGCACUCAUCCAAAUCAAAGAACAGUCCCUCAUCUAAAGACAAAUCACAUUCGAGUGUCAAGUCCUCGUCCAAACACUCGUCAUCAUCAAGUCGCCAUCGUCAUCAGUCCUCCAGUGCAAAAUCAUCGUCCUCUGGGCACAAGUCCUCAUCGAAGCACAAGUCAUCCUCAAGCCACAAGUCCUCAUCUGCAGAUAAAUCAUCAACAAAGAACAAAACAUCAUCUUCAGCUAAACCAGAUCACCAUAAACGCUCGCCUCACAAAUCCUCUAAAAGUCACCGUAAAAGUGAAGACUCCGACGAUCCAGCACAUGCUUCGCCAGACUCUUUCGGUGGCACAAGUGACGUGGAGGAUUCGAAUGAGAGUGGUCAGCAUGGAGUUCGCAACGGAUGCGUGAAAGAGGACAGCCUCUCGCGGAUGGCCAGCCCGCCGAUGUCGAUCGCGAGCGACGACUUGCCGGAGUGGGAUUCGGACGAAGAUGAGACAUACCAACAAUGUCUGAAAAUCUUCCAGGAAGAAGCCCCAGCCCCAAAGACCGUACUCCCACCUGCAUCUGUGGAAAAAUCCAAACAAGAACCCUUGCCAGAGUUGCCGUCUGCAAAGAAACGAGUGGCGCACCAGCCAGAAUUGACGCGGGCAUGUUUCCUUCCUUUUAUCGUUGACUCUCUCUGUCCGCGUAACGCUGCGCCGCGGCCGUUCUUGACUUUCGCUUCUUGUUCCUUCCGCGCCGUGCAGAAAGUGGAAAGCCUGCGGCCCUACCAGUCACCGGCACAGGCCUUGCACAACCGCUUCGCUCAAAUCAAGGAACGGUAUGCCGGCGCGUCUAACGGGCAGAAGGCUGCAGGCAGUGCCUUUGUGUCGUCGGUGCUCCAAGCGCAGCAGGAGGUCGGGAAGAAGCGCAUUGCGCACGUGCCCAACGCGGCCCUCUUGGCUGUGCGACGGAACAGCGGGAAUACCCAAACACCGCAGCCUUCGAGCAACGCCCAGAGUUCCUACGUGAUGCAGACGCAGCCCAAGGGCACUUCCAGGGUUGCUCACACCCCAGCUGUGGCCACAUCCGGACGCCCUACCAUCCCUGCAGAGUACGGAAGCAAAGUGCCUACAGCGGUGCGCCAGCGCUAUCUCAAUCUUUUCAUCGACGAAUGCUUAAAAAAAUGCAGCAGUGAAGAAAGGGCAUACGAAAAGGCCCUGAAAGAGGAGAGCUCUAGUUAUGAGCGUAGCUCCAGCAAGGCAGUGUACGUGAACGUGGUCGUCAACACACUCAAGCGAUUGCGCCGAGAAGUUGAAGAGGGUCUGCUGCUUUUGCCGGAGGAACCGCAGGAGCUGCAGGAAGACGUGGUGUCGCCACCGCAGCAGCCAGCGCCGCGACAUCCUCCGCCGUCUGCUACGCAGGUACCCAAGACACCCGCAUCCAAUCAAAAUCGAGUCGUCUCUCACGAGUUCAUACUGGGAGGCGCAAUGGCAGCCCGGACCAGCUUCAGCAUCGAGAGGAAUCGUUACCGAAAACCCCAAUGCAACCUUACCCUUCCGAGGUUGUACAAGAGCUUGGAGGCAUACCUGAUGACCUCGGAGCAGCUGGAGGAAAACUGUUACCCACGACCCCACCCCAGCGAACCGGGACGAGCCGUGAUCACCGUCACCGAGCCUCGGAAGUACUCGGUCAUAAAACCGGGGGUGGUGCUGAGGUGCAGCCGCUGCGGGACCCCCUUCGCCUUGGACUUUGAGAAGAACUACGUUCAGCCUCAAGAAUGUGUUUAUCACUGGGGGCGGCUCUGGAAACGGAGAAUCGCGGGUGCCAUUGAAAGCCGUUACAGCUGUUGCCAAGGGGACGCACAGGCAGAGGGGUGCUGCGUGGGACAGGGUCACGUGCACGAAGGUCCAGAUCCGAACCUGCGGACGGGCUUUGUACAGACCUUGCCAAAGAGUCCCCCACCCGAUGGAUGCCCCGGUGUGUACGCACUCGACUGCGAGAUGUGCUACACGACGGAAGGGCUCGAACUGACCCGCGUCACCGUUGUCAACAUGGACCUCAAGCCUGUGUACGAGACUCUAGUCGUUCCGGAGAACAAAAUUCUCGACUACAACACCAGGUUUAGCGGCAUCUCGGAAAACGAUCUCGCGGGGGAGACGACAACCCUACGGCAGGUGCAAGCGGUCCUGCUGUCCCUCUUCUCUGACAGAACCAUCCUCUUAGGACACAGUUUAGAAAGCGAUUUUAGGGCGCUUAAGCUCAUCCACAGCUGCGUAGUGGACACGGCCGUGGUGUUCCCUCACCGACUGGGCCCGCCCUUCAAGAGGGCGCUGCGCACUAUCAUGGCGGAGUGCCUGAGAAAGAUCAUUCAAAAUGGUGUGGAAGGGCACGACAGUCAAGAAGAUGCUGUUGCCUGCAUGGAGCUUAUGCUAUGGAAGGUCAAAGAGGACUUGAAGAAGGAAGCUCGUUAGUUAAUUUAUUGCAAUAAAUUCCUGUCAUAAUGGUUGUGUGUAUUCUAGUUUCAGGCCCACCUCCUCUUGUACAUUUCCGUCUGUCAGUAAUAAUAAUGCAUUUUGUUAUGGUUUUA